AUGGAAGGUCUCCACCUUGAAGAUGAAAAGAGUGUAGGUCCUCCACUUUUUGGAGCUUUUGAAUCCAAAAACAAUGCCAGACUACCAAAGAAUGAAUUUAUAAGUUUCUUUACUUGGUCUUGCUAUGAGGUUAUCAAUAGCUCAGCAUUCCGUAUUUGGCUAUUGUUAUGUUUAAUGCUUAUUGCUGGCUGGAAGUUUUAUUCAUGUAUCGCUGGUGGAAAACCAUUUGUCACAAACAUGGAAGGCCCCAUCAAAACUGAACAUCAAAGGAGCUCAGGUUUUUUUUUGAAGCAUUAUUCAACCAUCGUUACCAUUGUUAUAUGUUUUUUACUGUCUUUCUCAUGGGAGGCUUUUAAAAUGUAUCGGGAACGUGCCUUAGGAAAACAAAUCACUCAGUUUGCUAAAGAAAUAAUUAAAAGUACGCCAAGUAUUGACAUGGAAAGCUGGGACAGUGUUGCAGUAAAUUUUAACUCCUAUAUGUACGAAAAUAAACUUUGGAACACUGAGUAUUACUUUUUUGAUGGUUCCAGCUGUCAUUUAAUAUUUAGAAGAACCCUUCUAUGGCUUUCUGCGGCAAUGGACGACGACAGUAAAUUAAAUAUUUUUAGGAAACACCCUUAUAUUGAAGAAGCCCUGAAAGUAUAUUUCGCAGAAGUGGAUAGAAAAUGGAAUCUAAUCAAUUCUCAAAAAUCUUCAAGCAAUAUUGCAAUAGAAAACAUUCAACUUCCUGGUAAAUCAUAUCGUUUUAAAAUUUUUCAAUUUUUCAAGAAGACCAUAAAGGAGCGUACUUCUAUAGUAAUGACCAUUAUUUCGUAUUUGGCUGCUUCUUUAAAUUUCUGUCCUUCGAAACAGAUAGACUUUGUUCAAUGGAAGUGGAACAUAAAAUGCAAUUCUUGUCAACUAUAA